AUGGAUAACUGGGCUAAACUCUCCAGCGGAAUCGCAAGCUUGAAUAUCGGCCAGAACGCUGGCAAAUUUGCCAAGGGGUUCGGCACUCAGGUCCAACAGGCCCGUGAGAGAUUUGGUGCCGUUGCACCUGAAGAUAUCACCGAGCUCCCGCAAGAGUACAAGGACCUUGAAGCACGUGUGGACGCCUUACGCGCCGUUCAUCUGAACGUGCUACGAAUUACGAAGACCUACGAAAGCGAGACUUACGACUAUCCAACCCAGAUUCAAGAAUCCUUGUCCGAAUUCUCAACCAGUAUAUCUCACACGGUUUCCAAUUUUGCAGCCAGCAACCUCAAGGGGACAUCACUUCCCGCUCCUCCCCAAUCUCCCCCACCAAAGACCGUUCACAAGACAUUGCCACAUGCCCUUAGUCGUACAGCAUCUUCAUCUGCAGCUACCCUCUCAAGCGGUCCAGGUGCUCAAGACGAGGCUCGUUUGAUCAAGGCUCUCGGCGGAAUCGCUGCUGGAUACGAGAAGGUUGGAGAGGCUCGCCUGAGCCAAGACGACCACAUUCGUCAAUAUUUCCUACAGCCUUGGCAAGCGACUCUUAAUACAUCCAUCGCAGUGGCUAUGAAGGCGCGUCAGGCCGUCAAAGUUAGCCGUCUUGAACUUGAUUCCGCCAAACAAGGCCUAAAGAAUGCGGCCCCCACUCGCCAAGAGCAGGCGCGACUCGAGGUUGAGAAUGCCGAAGAUGACUUGGUGCAAAAGACCGAGGUCGCCAUUAGCAUGAUGAAAGCUGUGCUCGAAAACCCGGAGCCCUUGAAGAAUCUUAAUGAACUUAUCAAGGCACAAUUGAUUUUCUAUUCUACUGCCGCGGAAGCUCUAUCUUCAGUUCAAGGAGAAUUAGAGGAACUCAGUGUUGCUGCGGAAGGUGAUUACAGGUAUGAUCGACUGCUCGCUAUUAAUUUGGACGCUUCUCACCCUGGUCGACCAUCAGGAAAUCUCGCGAUCAUUAAAUCGCCAUCGAUUGAAGCUCGAAAGUAA